UGUCGAGCCAAUACAGGCUAAAAAUGUUGGGGAAAAAUGUAAAUCGUUUUUUUCUGGGUUUUUUUCUUCCCCCGACAAAAUUCUUCUCUUGAUUUCUCCUUGUUUUCUCGUCCUCCAUGAUCGACUCUUCCGGAAUCGAUCUCCGUCGCAAGGGAAUCUCUGAGUCGUCCAUCUCAGCCCAGUCGAAUCGCUGAGUGUCUCAUCGGAGAUGUAUACUUCAUCUUACCCGAUUAGUGAUGGUGAAACUUCUUGCUUGGUGAGAUGUUGAAAUUGACGCUGGUGAUCUUCCAGCCAUGGCCGCCGCCGUAGAAAUUGACGCUGAGAUUCAGCAGCAGCUUACCAACGAGGUUAAGCUCUUCAACCGUUGGAGCUUUGAUGAUGUUUCGGCGAUGAGAUUUGGUGAUCUUCUUCAUGGGCAACGGAAGUAUCUGAUCUCAUACGCGAGACCGUUGGAUCUGUUGAAUCAGUGUUGCCUGCUGAUUUAUUGUGGAGAGAACCUCUGUUCGACCAGCUCAUUGUCAAUUUAUACCAACCAGAUAAGGAGAUAAUGCAAAAGCUAGAAGAAACCAAUAGAGUAACAGCUUGUUAUGGUUUAGUCCUGCAGAAAAGAAAGAAGAUGAAGAUGUGGAUGUUUUGUUGAGCCCAGGGUGUCUCAUUCUCAUGUCUGGAGAUGCUCAGUAUCGAGAAGAAAGUGAUCAGAAACGAAGAAUCUGCAUCACCUUGAGAAAGCUAUGUCAAGCUUAAAUCUGGACUAGCUAAUUUUAGUCAUCUUUUUGUAUAUGUGAUUAACUACUAAUUUUAGUCAUCUUUUUUUUAUGUAAUUAAUUAUCUUAAAUAAAACAUCUUUAUUAAAUUUUUUUAAGAAACUCAAAUUAGUUUCUACCAAUGCAUCAUACAACAUAUUAGGUUUCUUAAUAAGGAUUUGUAACCCAAAUUUAUUAAUAAAAAAUUGCUUAGAAAC